UCGAAUUCACAUCGGUUCAGUGUCGUUGCAACUUGCAAGCUAUUUCUUAUUAUCUUCGAAGUUCCAACCUUCAAAUAGAGAAACACUAGUGAGAAAAGUGAAAAGACGAAUCGCGGGUGGAGUGAUUGCUGGUGAGGACCGGACAUCGACGGACGACGGCGGGAGGGAGUAUGGCAACAACACUGUGGAAGCAGCUGCUUCUCAACGCCAUCGAUUCCAAUGCAAACCUAAAACACUCUUCCUUCUUUCAACUCGCAACUGUUGGAUCUAAUGGCAGACCUGCUAAUCGUACUGUUGUUUUUAGAGGAUUCGAAGAAGGCUCCGAUAAAAUCCAAAUCAACACUGAUUGCCGAAGUCGCAAGAUUGAUGAUAUUAGGCACUGCCCUUUUUCGGAGAUAUGUUGGUAUUUUACCAGCUCUUGGGAGCAGUUUCGAUUCAACGGAAGGAUCGAAAUCAUUGAUGGAUCCAAUUUUGAUCCUGACAAGGUUCAGAAGAGAGAGAAAGCUUGGUUUGCUAGUUCUCUGAGAUCAAGAGCACAGUACUUGGGGCCUAGCCCUGGUCUUCCAUGUAUAAAUGAAGAAUCAUCAAAGGAAUCUUCCAUAGACCCAACUAAAGGCCCAGUUGAUGCAUUUUGCCUCCUGUUAUUGGACCCAGAGCAGAUUGACUACUUGAAUUUGAAGAGUAACAAGAGGCUGAUAUUCAGAUCUGAACAAAGUGAUGAGAGAGGGAAGUGUUGGUUGACUGAGGAAAUUAAUCCAUGAACAUUGCUUUGAUCCAAAAAAAAAAAGUGGGUACGAUGAGGUAAUUUUUCAGUUCUCUUAAUUCCCCCCCUCCCCCCCCCCCCCAAAAAAAAAGAGAAGAAAAUAUAUUACACAUGAAGAUGCCUUCUGUAUCCUAUGUCAUAAAGAGUAUGGAGAGGUGCAAUCCAUUGGAUUCAAUGGCAUAUACAAAUUACAAGCUGUAACCUUUCCUUUUCAUGUCAUACUCAUAACUUGUUCAAUCUUGGUAGCAACUAGUAACCCUUUAACCAUGUUACCACCCUAGUUUCGAUGGUUGCCACCUACCAUUUAUUCAUUCCUCAGAGAUAUCCUAUACAGAAAUGGCAGACCAAAUUUUGUGGAUCAUUGGCCAUUCAAAUAGAGAUAGAAGAUUGAUGCUUGUCCAGUUAAGAGUAAUCCAGUGUGCAGUGUUUUCCUUUUGAUGGGAGAGAUCAAUUUGCCAUUCAUGAUUCCUGGAACUUAGCUCAACUCAGCUUUAACACGAGCAUCUGUUGUCUGUAGCUGAACUUGAAGAGGGUAAUGAUCUUGGGGCAUGGCUUGAAGAAGUUGUCAUAAGCUACUUCUCUAAGGUGUAUUGGUAGUGGCUGAUCAUCUAGGUUUUUCUCAUAAUAUUGGUAGUAAUAAAAUAUCACUUAAACAUCUCAGUUGUUCAUCUAUGAAGACUUCAGAUCCAUGAAGUGUUUGAAUUCCAUUGAUGUUGUAAUUUUCAGAUCUAAUGUUCUUUC